AUGAGUAGUUUGACAAUGGCAAAUAAAGAACAGGAAGAAAAAGAGACCCAAAAGCGCUUCCGGAUUUUCGCGGAGAACCUGGAAAGGGCCCGCCUCUAUCAGGAACUGGAUCAGGGCACCGCAGAAUACGGAGUCACCAAAUUCAGCGACCUGACAGAGGAAGAGUUCCGCGCUGCGUACCUGAAUCCACUUCUGGCGAAGCUCCCUGGCCGGCCAAUGAAAGUGGCCUCCGUCCCGAACGGUUCAUUCCCCGAGGAGUGGGACUGGCGGGACCACGGGGCUGUCACCGGGGUCAAAAACCAGGGCGAGUGUGGCUCCUGCUGGGCCUUCUCCGUAACGGGCAACGUAGAAGGACAGUGGUACCUUCACAAGGGUACCUUGCUUUCCCUCUCGGAGCAAG